AUGGCCUCCAUGAAGGAACAGGUCCUGAGCUGGGCGCUUGCAGCGUCGAGGCAUGGAGACAGCUGGUGGCUUCCGUUCGUGCUGCUGGCAGUCUGCACCGUGAAUUCCAUCACUGGUGGAGUGCUCACUUGGUCCGUCGGGAUGAUCCAGAUGCUGCUCUUCAACAUCAUCGUGCUGUCCCGGAAAAAGACAUUCUUCAUCGCACCGCUGAUGCUGAGCAUUGGUUCUCUGAUAGCUGGCUACUUCUACGUGGAGAUAAUGAAAUCGGAGGGCCAACGAGCACUGCUGGCAAAGGCCGGUGUGGAGGAUUCGCAAUGGCUGGCGAAGGCACGCGAGUGGGCCAAAGAUUGGGGAGUUCUUGGCCUCGUCGGAAUGCAGGUAGUGCCGAUUCCUAUUCCGACAGCAGUGAUCGUGAUUUCCGGCGUGCUCGCUGAGAUGGAUGGCUUCAAGAUUCUUGUGACCGUUUUCACCAGCAAGUUCAUUCAGCUGACCCUUGGUGCAAUCGCCCUGAAGUAUGCAACAGAGCACCAAACCCCAGAACAGUACAUCCGCCAGCAGAUGGAUGGGGACAAGGCUGCUGAGGCCAAAAAAGAUGAGAAUGGUGCCGCCCUCGCUCUGGCAGAGACCUUGACGAAGAUGGACAAGGAGCUAGCAGCGACUUACAUCGGAGAGCUCCAAGCCGGGGCCAGCGAUGCAAAAUGGCAAGUGAGGCGCGGCUUCCUUGAGCUCAUGGACACCAUGCCUCAGGCCAUGAAAAUGGACUUCGCCCCCUACAUUGAGCAGUUGUUCCCGCCAAUGUUGAUGGGAAUCACAGGCGACAAAGAUCAAAACGAGGAUCCCGGCCACCGCGCUGCCUUAGCAUUGGUGCAGCGUUUUGGGGACUUGUGUCCUGAUCGCUUGUUGGAUGGCUUUGAGGGAACCUACUGCCGCACCCUGCAGCACGACUCACCCGAGGAGGCGAGCCGGAAUGCUGUUGUGAGGGAAAAGAAUGUGGUGCUCCUCGGCAAGGUCGCCGAAAAAAUUCUGGAGCACAAGAAGUUCGGCCAAGACCUGCUCACCACAGAGGAUUGCUCCAACAAGGCGACCCGUGAGCGAGUCUUGGUGCUUAUCUUCUUGGCCAGGUACGAUGCCGAUGCCAGCGUGAAGCGCGUGGCCAACGGCCUAUGGAAGACGGCCGGGGGUGCACCAAAGGUGCAGAAGGCUAUCAUGCCUUCUGUGAGCAAGACUCUUCAGAAGUUUCGAGGAGGUUCCAAGGGCCCCGGAGCGCAGAAGCUCGCGCUUGAG